AUGUCUCCGACUCUGCAAAUGGCCUCGCCGGCCACGUACACGCCGACGUCUGAUGCAAUGGACCGACAUGAGUACGGCAUCUCCAAGAACCGCAAGCCGGCGUCGACUGGAGGUGGCCGGGCCUGGAGUGAUGAUGAAGAAGUCUAUCUACUCCAGACACGUCUUCAGAAGAUGCCAUACAAGCACAUUGCGGCACAUCUCAAGAAAACGGAGCUCGCGUGCCGGCUCCAUUACCAUCAGCUGAGCCACGGCAGCAACCGUCGCAAGCGCACGACGAGUGUCUCGUCGGGAUCAUCGACGGGUGGCCACUCGCCGAUCCUGGCGGCGUCCAUGCCCUCGCCGAUACACGAACACGGCGGCCAUGGCCAUGGACAGAGCUCGCCCACUCCGUCGCCGCCGGGAAGCUCCGGCAGUUUUGGCCACGGCCAUGGCCAUAACAACGGUCUUGGCCACGCGCAUCACCAUGGCAUACACAGCCACCACAAUUCUCACGGCAUGCCCCACGGCCACGGCCACAACCACAGCCAUGGCCAUUGCAUCCACCUGCCGAGCAUCAACACCGACAUUAGCAAUACCCACAACAAUAUCAGCAACAGCAGCAGCACCCACAACACGUCGUCGCCCCGGCUGCCCACGAUCCUGCCUAAGCCUGUGUCUAUGAACCUGGCUCUGGCGACGGGUGCUGGGUCGACGUCGUCUUCGAGCCGCAACGGUUCGUACAUGGGCGAUGCUUCGACAGCGCCGCCGCACAGCGCACCUCUUUUGCCGGCAGCCACGUUCUCGACCCGCACACCGACCAGUGCCACCACGCCCCGGCCCGGCGCCAACUCGAAGGACAGCAGAGAAGGGAUGCCCAACCUGCGCCUCGACUGCAGCGGACUGCCGCCGCUGCCACUGUCGUCGACGGGGCCCCACCACCCGGUCGACAUGGCCCGACUGCACGCCGUGUACGCGGGCCAUCGGACGUCGUUCUGGUCGACGAUUGCGGGCGAGUACGGCCGCGGAUCCAACCCACUCGUGCUGGAGCAGGCGUGGCGUACCGGUGGCGGCGGUCUUCCGAGUUUGUCGACGUCGUCUUCGGCUGGUUCCACAGUCACGGCUGCCACGGCGACCAACGGUACACCGCUGACGCCCGACACGUCACCUGAUGAGCGCGAGGCGUUUUACGGCGCCAAGGGCGCACAGGCUGCUGCGGACAAGACACGCAUCUCGUCGAUCCUGGGCAUCGAUGCCAACCCGCGCAGUCCCAAGGAGCGCGAGAUGGUGCGACGACUCGAGGAGGAGCGCGUAAUUGUGCCGCCGGUGGCGUAA